CCAUUUUAUUCUAUAUAUAAACCACACCUCUCAUGCACCCUUCUUCAUUGUUCAUCAUUCUAGCUCUCCAAUCCCCAUCUAUAACAUAGAGAACAAUAAUGGAGGAUUCCAACAACAAGAACAAGAAAAUAAGCAGCAGUAGUAGUAAGAAGUUGUGGUUGAAGAAGCUUGUGAAGAAGGAGUUAUGGCAAUUCACUAGAUUAUUCUCUUGUGCUUCCUUUAGAGGCUGGAAGCGCCUUGAUAUUCAAACCACCGUCGUCGACACCGUCGUCUUUAAGAUCCUCUCUGCCGUGGAGGCCGUCGUGCUUGUCUCUACCCUCUGCUUCUUCUACCUUUGUUGUGGUUGUAACUUCUGAGUUUAUUGUAUUUGUAUCAUCAUCAUUCACUUUUUUGACCCCUACCUUAAUUUGUGGAAAUUCAAGUGCAGUUAACUUCAUAGGAACGAUAAUUUAGUUAAUGAUUCUCAUCUAUCAACUUCACGUCAAGUUAACUGCAUCUGAGUUUCAUUACACUUAGUUUGAUUCAUUCUUUUCUCAUAGUCAAUAAGGUUAACUUCUUGUCCCUUUUUUUGGUUUCUUGUUUUGAGAACAAUAACACAUUUUUUUAUAUAUAUAAUUUUAAGUUGUA